AUGGAUACAAGAUGGCGCGUGUUUGGCGCCAACGGGGCCGGCAAGACAACCACCUUCAAAGUUGUGACAGGCGAGGUCGACCCCGACGCCGGGGACGCCCAGGUGGCGGGCGCGUCGGUGCUGCUGCGCCGCGGCGCCGCGAGGCGGGCCCUCGGGUACUGCCCCCAGUUCGACGGCCUGCCCUCCGCCAUGACCGGCGCCGAGGUCCUGUCCCUAUACGCCCGCCUGAGGGGCGUCCCAGAGCCAUCAGUCCCCUCCGCCGUCGCCCCCCUCCUCCGGCGCCUGGGCAUCUCCCCCAUCGCGGCCCGCCCCGCCGGCGGCUACAGCGGCGGCAACCGGCGGCGCCUGAGCGUGGGUGUAGCGCUGGUGGGGGCGCCGGCGGUGGUUCUGCUGGACGAACCUUCGACGGGCAUGGACCCCGCCGCGCGCCGCGCGCUGUGGGACGUGAUCCAGGAGGAGGUUGGCGGCAAGGCCCCCCAGGGCGCGCUGGGGCGCGGCGGCACAGCAGGGCCUGCAGGCGGCGGCCGCACCGUCAUUCUGACAUCACACUCAAUGGAGGAGUGCGAGGCGCUCUGCGGCCGUGUCGCCAUCAUGGCCGCCGGCCGCCUGGCGUGCCUCGGCCGCGUGCAGCGGCUGAAGCAGCGGUUCGGGGACGGGUACACGCUCGAAGUGCGCAUGGCGCCUGCCGCUCCCGCUGCUGCUGCUGCUGCUGCUGCUACUGCUGGCGCUGAUGGUGGUGGUGGUGGUGUCGAGGGGGAGGGCCCAAGGGGCGGCAGCGAGGGCGCUGCGGCGUUCGAGGCCCGCGGCCGAGAGCUCCUGACCCGCGUCCGCGCCGCGUGGCCGGGCGCGGCGCUGGCGGAGGCGGACGCAGCUUCGCGGCAGCUGCUGGUUCGCCUGCCGCCGCUGGCGGGCGCCACCGGCGGCGGCGGCGGCGGCGGUGGCGGCGGCGCGCUGGCUGCUGCGUUUGGGGUUUUAGAGGGGAGCAGGGGGGAGCUGGGGGUGGCCGAUUACAGCUUCAGCCAGAGCAGCCUUGAGCGCGUGUUCCUGAGGGUAGCCGCGCAGCAGGCGCAGCACGGCUCACCCGGCGGCGGCGGCGGCGGGGCCGGCGGCGGAUGA